UCCUCUCGCAGCAUCCCGAGGCAGAUCCUAUCGCUAGCAUCCCAAGGAAGACGCCAAGAACCGCUGCUAAGACGCUUAAGGCUUGUGGCGAGCGGUCUGUGUGUGUGCUGGGCUAGAAGGGUCGUUCCAAGGAUGUGGUCGUCAGCGGUAGUGACCCUAUUGGUGGCGGUCGCGGCGUGUGCCUCCUGCUGGGAGCACUCCUUCGAGGCGGAAGGACAGACGCCGGAGUUCCUUCCCUCCCCGCAGUCACCUUCGCUCCUCUCCUCCGCGACGGACCACAGCCUCCGCAAGCGCUCCAUCUUCGACCACUCUUGCACUGGCGUGUUCGACCGCGAGCUCAUCGGCAGGCUGAACCGCGUGUGCGACGACUGCUACAACGUCUUCCGCGACGCCGACGUGGCCACCGGCUGCAGAAGCAACUGCUACUACAACCGAGUGUUUCUGCAGUGCCUUGUGUACCUGUUUCCGCCCCGGUUCCGCAACCAGUACAAGGCCGCCGUCCAGAUGGUGGGCAAGUAGACGCUGAUUUCUCUGAGCACGACGCUGGUUUCUGAGAACUAGACGCUGGUUUCUAGAACCAAACGCCGGUUCCAGGAUCUUCUAUGAAGACAAAUGGCAAUUAAUUUCUGUUCGCAGUUUCCGUUGUAUUGCUUUGUAAACGUUUGUGAAGGAAGAAAGGUGUUAAGAUGUUCUUCACCGUGUAACUGACAAUACAAAA